UAAAACGUAUUCAUUAUUUCAUUUUGAUUCCAUUUCGAAGAUUUAAAGGAAAUUCCAGUAGAUAUUCCAAUUCUCGACUUGCAUCAACAAUUAUUAUUAUUAUUAUUAUUAUUAUGUUUCGAAAUUUGGAUAAUAAAUUAGGCAAUAUAUGUGUUCUAGCUCACGGCUGCACCCACAUAACCGCAAAUGACAAAAAAUAACUAACUGCGAAAAAAAUAAAUAAAAAAUUAUUUCGGAAAGGACAUAAAAUAGCAUGAAAAAAUUUACUUCAUCAUCCAGUUUCACUCAUCAAAUAAGAUGAAUCAUUAUCAAAGAGAUUUGAAAACUGAUCCUGAUAAACCAGAACCUGAUUUGCUUACUAAAAAGAACGGCAUAGCAAUAAGAAAACUUUUGGUCAGUAAUCUUCCACUAAAGACAAGAAAGGAGGAUGUGGAAUUUGUAUUUUCGAAAUAUGGACAAGUGGAUAAAUGUAUUUUGAGAAGGGAUUGCAGGUGCGACGUUAUUCGUGCAUUUGUGACUUUCAACAGUGCCCAAGAUGCUUUACAAGCAAGAAAAGCAGGUUAUGAAAAUCUGAUACAACUGUACGAUCGAACUCUGAUGGUAGAACCUGUAUAUUCCUGGUUUCAGCCUGACAGAAGAAACAAACUGGUUAAUUUAAAACGAAAAAGGGAUAAGACACCUGAACGUUUGGAAGAACCACCAAUAAAAAAAUUAAAUGAAGAUUGUUUAAUUCGAAUUUUUAAGUACCUUCCAAUACCAGAUAAACUCAGUACUGAAAGAGUAUCAAGGCAAUUUCGUUCAGCAAGUUUUAAAUCCUGGAGCAAUGUUAAAUCACUAAAAAAUUCAUGUUUCAAAUCCGAAACCACCAUAAACAGUGCCUCAAAUUUUAAUAAAGUCCUACGAAGAUGCGGCCGAUACAUAAAACGAAUUAAACUCAAUUCCGAUAAUAAUGAAUACAAUGAACAGUCACUAUUCAUGUUGCCAAUUUACUGCCAAAAACUUCGCUCCCUCCAUGCAUUUUCCCUGCCAUCUUCGAGUGCACUCAGAAUUUUGGCAUUUCGCUGUCAAAACAUAACUAGCAUCGAACUUUCUCUGGAAAAUCGUGAUAAGGAAGCUGACGAAGAUUUUUCUCAAUUAUUUGCCCUCAACAAAAAACUAAAACAUAUUGACAUUUGUCAUGGUGUAAUAAGUGGAGCCUGUCUUUUACAUUUGCCACCUAAGUCGAUCGAGUCGAUCGUUUUGGAUAAAUGCUUGUCAUCUGCUCGUUACUUAUCAGAAGCAGUUAAGAAUUUUCGAAAAUUGUACGAGCUUAAUUUGAGUGACUGUGAUAUUACUGGUCUUAUACCAGCUCUCGGAUCUUGUGCCAAGACUUUGAAGGUCCUUUUCUUUCAAAAUUGCAUUUUGAAGGCGAGACAUGAAGCAGAAGAUAUUAAGCUUUUGAUAAAUCUCAAGGAAUUGUGGCUUUUAUUGAACCACUGGGUCACGGAUGCAUUUCUAGCGCACGUGGGUCAAAACUGCAAUUCAAUUUCUUCCGUCUGCAUCAUUGGUUUGAAUUUAGUGACAGACGUGGGACUUUCCAGUAUCGCUCCAUUACCAAAACUUGAGUGGUUGAAUAUUACGCUGGAGAUUACAGGUUCCGGAUUAGUGAAAAUGCACAAUUUACGAUAUCUGGAAAUUUUUACAGAAAAUACUUUAACUGAAGAUGCAUUAUGCAAAGUAAUUCAAAAUGCUCAAAGUUUAGACACUAUCAAAACUAAUGAUGAAAUCUACACUCGAAACAACUGUAAAGUAAUAGAAGUUGCAGUAGAAGUCACUAAAGCGAGAAAAAAUGGUUUAAUAUUGCACAUUAUUUUCCAAAAUACUUCCGAGAGAGACAAGGUGGAACAUUUAAAGGGGAUUUCACCGAACCUUGUAUUCGAUCUCAUAAUUUGAGUUAAAGAAUUUAUAAAAAGCCACUAACAUCCUGAAUAUUGAUAGAAUUAUAAACAAAGUAUAAAAUUUUAUAAUUGCAAAAAGGUUUUCUAAACAAUAUUUCUCAAAAUAUUCAUUCGCUGAAUUUAUUUCCGUAACGA